AUGAAAUCACUCACCAUCCGGACACCAACUCAGCAAACUCAGGGAGAGGUUGUGGGGAUACCUGUGAACGACCUCCCUCCCCGACCACUGUCAUCUCAGUGCAUCCAACUGUCUAACCUCCUCCAUCCUCUUCAGGACACCAGUGAGGAACGGGAAGUGAUGGAAGAUGUGAUCGAGGAGUGUAACAAGUAUGGUGGCGUCAUUCAUAUUCACCUCAAUUCUGCACAGGGUGAUGUGUAUAUAAAGUGCCCAACUGUCCGGGGGGCUGAGCUGAUUGUGAAUGUGCUAAAUGGACGUUGGUUUGCUGGUCGAAUGAUAUCAGCUGUGUUUGUACCUGUCGCUCGUUAUCACAAACUAUUCCCAGAAUCUGUAUCUGCCUGUCGGCUUGUGUUGGGAUCUCACAGAGAAAAAUGAGAAACAAUCAAGACUCCAAGAUCGCACAAGCAAAACAUUAUCCACUCUCUAACACUGGGCUCAGCCUCACUGUCUCCUCUGUCACUAACACUGGGAUCAGCCUCACUGUCUGCUCUGUCUCUAACACUGCGAUCAGCCUCACUGUCUCCUCUAUCUGUAACUAAAUUGAGCCUCAAAGAGAUUAUUAAACAUCAA